AUGGAGCCUAGUUAUAUCGAAUUUGAGAGUACAAGAAAAUAUAUUCUAGUCGUCGAUGAUAAUGCAGACAUGAGAAACUAUUUGAGCAAUUUGAUCAAGAAGCAGUUUGAUUGCAUUUCCGUUGCUGAUGGUUGUGAUGCUCUUAAAAUCGUAAAGAGCUCACAACGGUUGCCUGACCUAAUUCUGAGUGACGUUAUGAUGCCUAACGUGGAUGGCUUCGAAUUGCUUAAAGCACUACGUAGCACACAGACGAUUCCUGUGAUCUUAUUAUCGGCUCGAACAGGAGAAGCCAGUAUCGAAG